GAAGAAAGACAUUUCCGCAUCGUCACAGGUAGAGACAGCCAGACUGCGCUGCUCGGGUCUAAAAUGGCAAAAUUAAAGGACAAAAGACGAGAGAACAUAAGUGUCGCCACCGAGAUUGACCGUCUGGAGGAGCGGAAGGCGCGUUGCCAGGACAACCUGGAGAGGGCGGAGUUCAGGAGCAGGAGAGAGGAGCUCUCCGAGAAGGAGAGACAAGAGCUGGAAGAUGAAAUGGCAAUCAUGAAUGAAAGGGUGCUGAAGCUGGAUAAGGAGCUGGAAACAUUGAGAGGCGAGAACCGGAGGAACAUGGUGCUGUCCGUUGCCCUGCUGGUUCUCAGUGCUCUUUUCUACUACAUCUUCAUUUACAGUGAAGAAAACUCGUGACACUGCUCAGAAUCUGCUCCGGAGUGUGUAAUACUAAAUCCAUCCAGCAGAUGGAAACAUUGCAAUAUGAAUGUGGGUCCUGGUUGGUGGAACCUGUGGUCUCUCCUGCAUCACAGCAUUCAUGAAGUUUAAACUUUAUUAUUUUUACUCAACUUGGCCAAAGUUUCUCUCUAACUAAAAUAACACCGCAGGAGCAGUAACCGCCUCAUUCAGAGGCUUUGUGGAAACAUCUGUAACACACAUUGGAUAUACACUAUUGAUGCAUUCAUGUUCUGCUAUAAUUACAAAUAAAUGUUUAUGAUAAAGCAUCAGUCCAUUGCAGCAAGGAUUAAAGCAUGUUUGAUCAAUUUUCCUUUUUAAAAUGUUUUCUGCAUGUGUUGUCAUAACCACAAUGACAAAGCCUGAUGAAUGUAAUUUUUUUUGUAUUCAUGCAAAUUUUAUGUAGUUAUUAAAGUAUGUCAGAAAUCUCCAAAAAACUUUUUAUACACAGGAGUGAAAGUUGUGCAAGUUGAGUUUUGUUCUGUAUUUGCUUUUGUUUGACCAAAUUUAAUUGUGUAUCAUACUUUGACAUGAGCUUAAUAAAGGAUUUA